UUCUCUGACGCACUUCCGGGGCGCGGAAGCAGAAGGAGGCCGCUGCGGCCGCACGCCUGAAAGAUGGUUGUUACUAGGUCCGCGCGGCCUCAGGCCGGGAUCCAAGCUACGUCAGUUGAAAGCUCCUGGCAGAAGAAUUCUGCUGCCACAAGAAUUCAAGCUCAUCCAAAAGACAGGAAGGAAUCUCAAUCUGACGACCCAAGUACUACUGAAUUUCAGAUCACUAGGGAACAAAGUCCAGCUUCUAAAACCAGGAAGAGGAAGAACGAAACUACAGGCUCAUUACCAGAAAUGAACAAACCUUCUACUGAUGGAGAGAUCUCUGAAGCAGAGUCAAACUGUUCUUCUGUGUCUGAGGCUCAGGAUCCCAUUGUAAGGGUAACUAGGAGAAGACAGAUCUUAGUUGCAGGCACCCCAGUUUCCAGUGUAAGGAAAAAGCUGAAAAUAACUCCAGUAAAGGAGUCUCAUACUGAAGAAGAAGUCUCUGAAGCAGAAUCGCAUGUUUCAGGUAUUUCUAGAAUUGUGCUUCCCACAGAAAUAACAAAAAGAACCAGAAGAAGUAAGGCUAAAUUCCAAACAGCUCCAAACCAAGAAUCCCAUGUGGAAGCUAUUUCUGAUGCUGAGUCAUCAUGCUCAGAUAUUUCUUCAUAUUCUGGAAUUGCAACUAGGAGAACAACAAGGAGUAUGCAGAGGAAAUUACAGGCAGAAACUGAGAAUGAUACUGAGGUUGUACCAGGAAAUGAAAAGCAAAUUAUAAAUACACCUGUGAAUUUGGAUUCAGAUACCAGACGAACUUCUUCUCGUUUAUUAGCAAGAUCACUUUCUCAGAUAAAUAAGCCAGAUUUCUCUAAUAAUGAAAUUUAUAAUGACCCUGAAAAUGAUUCCUUCUUUGAAAAUUCAGAAGAAAAGCUAAUAGUACAAAAACAGCGACGUUUGAAUAUAAGAGAAGAGAAACAAGACAAUGUUUCACUUCUUAAAGAAAUAAUAAAGCAGAAUUGUAAGAGUUUAAAUGAAAAAGCCAAAGGAAUAAUAGAUGAGGGAAAAGAAAUUAAUGAGAAAAAUUCUCAGCUGGAGAGUCUUUCUGAACCUCAGGUCUCUAGCCUGCAGCAGUUAGUUUCUCAAAGGCAUUCAACCCCUGAAAGUAACAAAACCACAUCAAAGUCCUCAAAUCUGGACUGUGAAGCUGUAAUGAAAUCGUUAGCUCAGACAUUUGCAGUUGUGGAAGUGGACAGAUGGAAUGAAGAGGGAAAGAGCUCCAUAAAAACAAGUGACUGGACGGAACUUGGUGAUGGUGGUGAUAGCGAUGAAGGAGAGUGCACAGUUACAGGUGUUAGCGAAGACACGCGCAAAGAAAGGGAUGUAGAUUUUGAGUGUAAUACCAACCUAUGUAAACUUGAGCUCAACACAUCUCAGGAUAAAGAUGACUCUGUUUUAUUAGUUCUCAGCAGUGAUGAAAGCCAGCAGUCUGAAAACAGUGAGGAUGAAGAGGACACUGUGUGUUUUGUUGAAAAUAGUGGUAAAAAAGAGUCAUUAAAUGGAAACUCAGAAAAUGUAUCAGGUGACAAUGCAUUGUUUGUAAUUGACACAACUCCUGGAUUGAGUGCUGAUAAAAAUUUUUACUUGGAUGAGGAAGAGAAGGCAAGUGAGGUCGCCACUGAGGAAGAAAGGGAAGAGGAAGAAGACAGUGAAGAAGAACCAUCAGAUGGUGACACAAGUAAAGAUAAUGAUUUUAGUGAUGAAGACAGCUUACUAAAUAGCACAAAAUCUAAACUUCUGAAGUUGACUAGCAGCAGCAUAGAUCCUGGUCUGAAUAUUAAGCAGUUGGGUGGUUUGUAUAUUAAUUUUAAUGCAGACAAGCUACAGUUGAACAAGAGAAUCCUAACACAGAUCAAGGAGAAAAAGAAAAAUGAGCUUUUGCAGAAAGCCGUCAUUACUCCUGAUUUUGAAAAAAACUACUGUGUCCCACCAUAUAGUGAAUCAAAGUAUAAACUUCAGAAAAAACGCAGACAAGAGCGACAAAAAACUGCAGGUGAUGGCUGGUUUGGUAUGAAAGCUCCAGAACUGACAGAUGAACUGAAAAAUGAUCUCAAAGCACUAAAGAUGAGAGCUGGCAUGGACCCAAAAAGGUUUUACAAGAAAAAUGAUAGAGAUGGCUUCCCCAAGUACUUCCAGAUUGGAACCGUUGUUGACAAUCCAGCUGACUUCUACCACUCACGAGUUCCCAAGAAACAAAGGAAGAGAACUAUUGUGGAGGAACUGCUGGCUGAUUCUGAGUUCAGAAGAUAUAACCGAAGGAAGUACUCAGAGAUUAUGGCUGAAAAGACAGCAAAUGCAGCAGGAAAGAAGUUUCGAAAGAAGAAGAAAUUUCGCAAUUAAGAUUCACCAAGCAAAUCACAAUAUUUUACAUCUCCCCUUUAUUUAUUUACUAAAGAUAUUUUGAAAACUAACAUGACCAUCACAAAUUAACACAGACUGGCCCUGUUUAUAUACAGGGAUUUCGCUUUGGAAAAAGUUGAUUUGAGUCACAUGCCCCUUGGAAUAAAAAUAGGUGUGUCUACAAAA